AUGAGAUGCGGCUUUAGAUUAGCAUUAUGCGCAUGUCUACUGCUCAUCAUCCCAAUAUACAUAUUAAAGCUCCGUCUAGAGGAAAUCUGCAGCCAGUAUCGCGCCGGCGCAUACUUAAUAGAUUGGCUGAACUCCAAGAAACCCCACCAUGAGGGUCUAUCCCACCACGCAAAAUUGGGAGACAAAGUGAUCGUGAUGGCCAGGCUGGAAGAAGAGCCCACUGAAUGGGUCGAGCAAGAACUUCCUGACUGGCAACGUGCAAUUUACAUUGUCAACCCCUCGAAUAAAACGAAAGCAGAUAAACACAAACUCAAUACCUCUCUCAAUAAAGGCCACGAAUCUAUGGCUUACCUGACGUAUUUGAUUGACAAUUAUGACAACCUUCCUUCCACAAUCGCCUUCCUCCACGCCCACCGUGCCGGGUUCUUCAUGGCUUGGCACGUCGAUGCGCCUUUGCAUGAUAACGUAGCAGCAAUGCGCGCUCUACAGCUUGAUUUCGUUCAGCAGAAUGGUUACGUCAACCUCCGUUGCAAUUGGAACCCCGGAUGUAAGGAGGAACACCGCAUCAAUCGCCAUGUAACGCAAGAAGUCUGGGACGAAGUAUUCGAGGGGACCAGCACCCCGCCCCUGAACUCAACCACAUCUCCCGCCAUCGCAGAAGGCCAGUCGUCAGAGGAUCGACAAACCCAAAAGUUCCUCCAAGCGCCUCAACUUGUCGGCGCAGCAUGCUGCGCGCAGUUCGCCGUGUCACGCGGGCAGGUCCUGAAACGACCCCGAGAAGACUACAUUAAGUUCCGACAAUGGGUCAUCGACACGGAGAAAGACGACGCCAGUAGCGGGCGAGUCAUGGAGUUCCUCUGGCAUGUCAUAUUCGGCAAGGAGUCCGUAUACUGCCCAGACGAGGAACUCUGCUACUGCCAAGUAUAUGGCAAAUGCUAG